AUGCAGAGAGCCCGCCAGGAAAAAGUUGCCUUUGUGGGUCCAAGCAGCGUCUUCAGAGAUGUGCUGCUGGAUCCCAGUGGAUGUCGGCGGUGUGACAAAUGUGUGAUUUGUUCCUUCCCGAUCCCCACAGCAAAUGGAGGCAGAAUUGCCCAGCUGGUUCUAAGGGUGGGCAAGGCCUUCGGAUGGCAGCAGGGCCUGCCAGGUAGUGGCACCGUCCUUGAGAAGCCCAACCUCACACCUGAAGAGAGGUCAGCUCUGGGAACGGGCCCGCAACUCGGUGCUUGCAUCCAAAGCAGCGCAAAGUCUCUUCUUCCGUUUCGAUUUGUGCCGUGGGACGUCCCCCUCGCCUGCACCCUCCCCAAAUCUGCUCCGGAUUUAGCAGACCAGGGAGGGGGGGAAAGUGCCAAGCUAACUCCUUGCCCGAAGCGGACGAGGGACUCAGCACCACUCUGGAUAUGCACGCCUCGCAUCCCAGCUUCUAACCCUGGCAUCUCCAGCGACCGGAUCCCAACUUGCAGGGCGGAAAGCUGCUGCCAGCCAGAGCGAGACACUAUAUUCCCAGGUAGACCAGUGGCUUGGCUCAGCGUGGUUGAAGGCAGUCUGUUCACACUUCUGCCUGCUUCAUGUCUAAAGCGUGGAUCUGAUUUUCAGAGAAGGUGCCUUACAGGGAGUCAGGCCAGCUCAGAAUUCCCUACACCAGCGUUUCCCAAACUUGGGACUCCAGCUGUUGAUGGACUACAACGCCCAUCAUCCCUAGCUAGCAAGGACGGUCAGGGAUCAUGGGAGUUGUUGUUGUCCAAAAGAAGCUGGAGACCCGUGUUGGGGAAACACUGCUCUACACUGACCGGCAGUAGCUGUCCGGGGGCUCGGGCAGCGGACAUUCCCAGCGUGACCCAGAGGUGCUGCUUGAAAUUGCACCUGAGACCUUCUUUCUGCAAAUCACUGGGCUUGGCGGCCUCUAAUGCGCAGGGAUGCUCAAACUCCUCCUGA